GCGAAGAAGCAUCGAGAUCUCGAGGCUCAGAAGGCCACGACAGCCACGACGCUGGUAAUCCGGAACCUCCCAGACACGAUUACUAACCAGGACACUGCCCUGAAGUGGCUGCAGGCCAUUGCUGACUUGAGGGGCUAUGACUUCUUCCUCUUCUUCCCAAAGCCCAGGGCGAAAUCUAGCACCAUGGCCUAUGCCUUCGUCAACUUCUGCUUUGCGAGUCGGAUGGAGGCAUGCCGGCAGAGCCUGCGUGGCUACAGUGUCGAGGGCAGCGACCCCUUGAAUGUGGUGGUGGCAAAGGACACUCAAGGUCUACAAGCCUGCAGGUCCCAUUUUCAGCCUCUCAUCGAGGAGGGCCGGCUGCUGCCGAUCAUCCGGUGCUUUGACGAGGCGGCUGCAGAAAUUCCCGCCCGGGUGGGCUAUCAGUGA